AUGACGCUCGCCGUUCUCCGCAGCCUCCACGCCAUUAUCGGAGAUGCCAUCGACGACAUCGAGCGCGUCUAUAGUACCCAUGGCUACACGAUGGAUCCUAGUGCUCCACAAUCUCAAGAGGAAGAUCAACAAUCGUCAAAUCAGGCUCCUGGUCCAGAAAACGAUAAUCCGAUACCUAAACCAGGGCACAAGUCCUCGACCUCAACCUCGCAUGCAUAUGCCUCUCCACCGCCAUCGCCAGCCUUGGCUACAUCGCCGCAUUAUUUUCUUCAUUCUACCACGUCCCAGACCGCCCAUAACAUCGAUUUUCCGUCACUGGACGCCCCUUGCGACCCAACAUCGUUGUCGGAACAGCUGACGUCGCAUCCGACGGUUGGUGCUGCUAUCAGUCGCAUCGCUGCCGCUGCGGGACAGCUAGCAGCCACGGUGCAAGUGCCCUUUCUUACGAUAUGUGACUCCGUCAUGGGGUACCAUCUCCCAUCGUGCAUGCGUCUGUUAGAGGCUUCGCAUGUCGCUGAAAUACUACAUGAAGCCGGACCAGAGGGAUUGCACGUUCAGGCCAUCUCCGAUAAGAAUGGUGUCUCUGCUUCAAAGCUCGCUCACACCCUUCGAUUGUUGGCUACUCAUCAUAUCCUCCGAGAGGUGUCUCCUGACGUCUUCGCACUCAAUCGGAUAUCGUCCCUGGUUUACUCUGGUAAAACCUUCGCAGAACUGCAGGGAUACCAGUCUGAAGGAAGGCCAGAACUCAAAUAUUCAGAAACGAACGGCAUAGCAGCAUUUGUCGGUCUUUGCUCCGACGAAUGCUACAAGUCAUCCGCGUAUAUGACCGAAGCCUACUUCCUUUCGCCCUCGAAGGAAACACGCGAGGGCUCCGACCCAGCCAAGGCCCCGUUCUGCUUCGCUUUUGAUACCGUCAAGAGUGGCACCGGGUUCUUCGGUUGGCUUGAGGGUGACGCGGACUUCGCGGGCUUUGGUUCGAGGAAAGCGACGGACGUUGAUGACAGUAUCGAGACAGGAAAAGGUGCAAUCCUACCACCUACACCCAUCUCCGCAACCUUCGGACGGAAGUCUCCGAAGACACCAAAGACGCCUAUCACGCCCGACCGGCCGCCUCGUCCCCGACGGGACACCCUCCGUAGCCAACCCGGCCUGACCCCCAGCCUACGCAGGCAAUCGAGUCACCCGAGUCCUUCGUCGCCGACUGACCCCCUAUCACCUCCUCGGCCGAGGAUCGAGACUGACCUGCCGCGACUUCAGAGGGCGUCAGAAACGAAUGUAGAUACGAAUUCGAAUAGAUUCAGAUUGGCGAGAUUUGGGAAGGCAAUGACUGGCACGGAUGGGUGGGAGGUGCCUGGCGCGGUGCUCAAUGGUUUCGACUGGCACUCCCUCCCUCAUGGGAGCGUCGUUGUCGAUGUCGGUGGAGGUAUCGGCUCGACGAGCAUGUUGCUCGCGACUGCGUUCUCGUCCCCAUCUGGUGAAGACGACGGACUGGGUCUCAAGUUCGUCAUUCAGGACCGACCGGUGGUUUGUGAGAUGGGCGAAAAGGCCUGGAAAGCGAAAUGUCCAGAACUGCUAGAAUCAACAGCCAGGUUCCAAGUUCACGAUUUCUUUACUCCCCAACCGAUCAAGGACGCCGCCGUCUUUCUCCUACGCGUUGUCCUACACGAUUGGCCCGACGACUUCGCUCGCAGGAUACUCUUCCACCUUCGUGAAGCAGCUACCCCAGACACCAAGCUCCUUAUAGCGGAUUUUGUCCUUCCUCUAGCUUGCCCAGACAUUGUCGGCCCCACAGAUGGGAAAGAAGAUUGCCUGGAGGGCAUCGAGGGUGUAGAGAGCAUCCUGGCGCCGUCGCCACUGUUGCCAAAUCUGGGCAAGGCGAGUGCAAAUGUGUAUUGGAUGGACAUGACGAUGCAGGUCAUGUUCAACGCGCAAGAGAGGACGCUUCGAGAGACGGUGGCACUUGCCCGCUCCGCAGGAUGGAAGGUGGUCAAGGUCACCAAAGCAACUGGUUCACUAUUUGGGCACAUCGUCGCUGUUCCUGUUGAUAUUCCACCAGAGACCAUUGAAGAACAACGGGCGGUCAUUCUUCCCUCCAUCGACAGCUUUGGAGCGCCAUCUUCUCCAACGUCGCCGGCAGAGGAUGCCAUCAGCCAGCCUGGACCGUCAAGCACCAGUGUGCUCAAGGACCGCCGGGAAGAGAUGGAGCACAGCGUCAAGGCGAAGCGAUAUUGUAGCGAUAUGGAGAUGGCUGGACGUGCAAGUUCUCGCUGUGGCACGCCGACAUUCGGUUCUCGAAUGCGUCUUUCGUCCGCUGAGGAGGCUCUGUCACGAUUUGGCGGCGGAGUGGGACGCUCGAGAGGGACGAACAGGAACAUCUCGACUCCUUUUGGGUCGACGUUCGGUCACCCACCCCCGCCUCCGCCCUCGUUAUUGAAGCCUGCUUUAUCGCUGUUUUCUUCACUGAGUGUGGGCAAGAGCGUCAAGAAGAAGCCGUCGCCUUUGUCUGUGCCGCCUCUGCAGACCUCGCCGCCCAGUCCGUUCGCACGUUCUCCAUCUCAUGCGAGGAAGCGUUCUUUGGCGUCAAGUCCGGGGGAUGACCACGCGACAGGACAAUCGUCAUCUCCAUCUCAAGUUCAGGCGUCUCCGAGGAUCAUCACGCGCCGCGUGUCGCUUGCCAAUCUUCGACCGUCUCAGAACCAGUCGCAGGAAACGGCGAUCCCUCCGCCGCCGCCGCUGGCGGGACGCCACCCACCGCCCUCGCCGCUGUCGCCUCGACAUCUAGGAUCUCCGCCACCUCUGCCCCAGACGCCGUCGCGGUCCCUUGCGCGUCGUGCGUCAUAUGCACAUCUCUCGAUUAGCAACGCAUCUGGAAUCGCACCAGUUGCUCAAAUUAAACCAACCUUGAUCCCAGCGACGCGAUCCUCGAUCACAGUUUCAGUUCCACUGUUAGGGCAGGGAGGGGCUCGUAGCACUACGAAUAGUCCGCCUCGCCUAUCGCCUUCGAGUUCGGUCGCCAAUCGACAGAUGCCGUCUGCAACUGCCCACCGCUUUGCCCGUCGUGCCUCGCAUGCACAAUUUCCUCAGAUUCCUCUGAGAAAACGGUCAGGGACUGUUGUAGGCCCCGCAGAGCCGCCUCCGCGCCCACCUCGCCAUUGCGAGCGUCAGAAACAGACUAGCAUCUCAAGUCUGUCAGGUCUAUCGAGUCCGUCAUCGCGGAAUAGCAGCAUCAGCGGUCGGAUGAGCAGUGCGAGCGGUAGUAGUUUCGGAGCGGUGUUAGGAUUCCAUGGGAUUGCUUCGGCAACAGCUGGAGAGGAGAGGGUGGCGAGCCGGUCGCCUAUCUCGCAAGCAGGGGCAGAUGGGGAUGCAGGUAAGGUUGAUACCAACCCCGUUUUACAAGGCUCUGAGGCUAUCCAUUUGGCGGAGGAUGCCGACGAAUCAGAUGCUGAGGAGCCCCGCAAUAUUAAUCCUCUCUUACCUUCUGACCACCACUGCGCCAACACCGGUGUCUCCACCAAAACCCUUGCGAUCAUCGAGUCGAACCGCAGCGUAGAUGGAGCCGAAGAGCUUGCCGCUUCCCUGCUCUCUGCCGCUCUCGCGAAUCCCGAGGCAGUGGACUCGCUGGUCGUCCCGAUCGUCCAAAUUAAGCCACAGGCGAACACGAUCCUCGUUACGGACGAGGACGCUGGAUACACCGACACCCCGUUCUUCCAUCUCGUCGAGAUACGGCUCAGCGAAGGGCUGGGAGAUGAGCUGCACGAGACGCAAUUGAAUAAGGCCAAGCAGACGGCCGUCGAAUCAUCGAAUAGCGUCCUUUCUGCGGCGCUCUUCUCGGCCAGCGUGCUUCAGAAUGGGCUCCUCAGCUCGAAGACGAUCUACGCUUUUGCCCGACAAGGGUUGCAACUUCCCGAUGAGAAGUCUGAAGAUGAGAGGAAGGAGAUUGUCGCCAUUGGAACGCUAUUACAGCUGCUCGUCGCUGGGAAGAUCUUGGUGGAGAAGCAGUUGGGUUUGGGCUUUGGAUUGGACAAGAUUGUUGCUGCGUUGGAGGUUUUGAAGGCGAACAAGACAAUUCAAAAUGCAAAGGGAGUUGAUCUCCUCGAGAAAACUGUCACAGCGUCCAAGAUUGGCUUCUCUGACCCUUUGUCGCCUGCGAACACAUGGAAAGCACUCUUCCCCUCUUCUCAAUCCGAUGAUAAUCCACCGUGCUUUCUUUUCUUGCUGGACGAAAUUGUCCCAACGCCCAAUUUAGAGCCCUCCUUCCUGAUCUUGAGUCCCCACAAGCCAUCUCGUUCAAUCGUCUCACCCACGACCACUCGGAUGCCAACAGAUGCCAACCUCACAUUCGCUAGACUGGAUUGGUAG